AAAAAAAUAACAAUUUUAAAACCGGAAUGAAAACUUUAAAUAUGUUAACAAAAUUUAACGCAGACUAUAUUGCAACAUUAUAUUUUGUGCUGGAAAUUAUUUGCAUAAAUAUUAAAGGCAUAUCCGGUUUUGAUAAAUAUAUUUGAUAAUCUAUUUUAACUGUGUAAGUGAAAUAAACGUAUUAACACUAACAAUGAAAUAUUCUCUUUGAUUGUUGCAUAUUAAUUUAAGAGAUGCCCAAUUUCUUAAUGUGUGAAAUUCAGAAGUAACCAAUGGUUCAGAAUAUAUAAUUUGUUCACUAUCAGUGAUUGUACAAAAAUUUUAGGUUAAAAGAUUAAAGUCCACAUUGUGAUACUUGUUUUGGACAGAAAGUUUAAAUAUGAUUUUCAUCACUAGCAAAACUAGUAGAAUCUUCUUUCGUUUUAUAGCGGAAUGUAGAUUUAAACAAAAUGAACUAGUCAAGAUAUCAACUAGUAAAUUCUCAGUUAAAGCUGAUUUAACUGGAGAUGGAAAAGUAUUUAAAAAUGCCGAAGAAGUUGUAUCAGACAUUGAAAAUGGUUCAAAACUUUUAGUUGGUGGCUUUGGACUUUGUGGAAUACCUGAAAAUUUAAUAGAUGCUGUUUUAAAAAGAGGAUCAACUGAUUUAACAAUUGUUUCCAAUAAUGCCGGUGUUGAUGAUUUUGGACUUGGAAAACUAUUAAAAGAACGAAGAGUUAAGAGAAUGAUUUCCUCUUAUGUUGGUGAAAAUGCAGAAUUUGAAAAACAAUAUCUUCAAGGUGACCUUGAAGUAGAACUAACACCUCAAGGCACUUUAGCCGAACGUAUAAGAGCGGGAGGUGCUGGUAUUCCAGCAUUUUACACUCCCACUGGUUGGGGAACAAUUAUACAAGAGGGUAAUGUUGUUGUUAAAUACGAUAAAUCAGGUAAAGCAGAAAUAUCAGGCGAUGCAAGAAGUACUCAAGAUUUUAAUGGACGAAAUUAUGUUCUUGAAACUGCAAUUACCGGUGAUUUUGCCUUAAUUAAAGCAUGGAAAGCUGAUAAAGCGGGUAAUUUAAUAUUUCGAAAAUCAGCAAGAAAUUUCAAUCCAGUUAUGUGUAAGGCAGCAAAAAUUGCAAUAGCCGAAGUUGAAGAAAUUGUUGAAAUUGGACAAUUGGAUCCUGAUAAUAUUCAUGUACCCGGUAUAUAUGUAGAUAGAAUUAUAAAAGGUUUAGCGUACGAAAAACGAAUUGAGAAAAGAUUAACGAAACAAUCGGUGAAACCUAAAAAAUCAACACCAGCUGGCAAGGCUAGAGAGAGGAUUAUAAAACGAGCAGCUGCAGAAUUUAAAAAUGGAAUGUACGCUAAUUUGGGAAUUGGCAUACCGAUGCUUGCCAGUAAUUUUAUUCCAAAAGGAAUGAAGGUGACAUUACAAUCAGAAAACGGAAUUUUGGGAUUAGGUCCAUUUCCCGAUGAAUCUGAAAUUGAUCCCGAUUUAAUAAAUGCCGGUAAAGAAACUGUUACCGUUUUACCUGGCGCUUCAUUUUUCAGCAGUGAUGAGAGUUUUGCGAUGAUAAGAGGGGGUCACGUCGAUUUAACAAUUUUGGGAGCAAUGCAAGUCUCACAAAAUGGAGACUUGGCAAAUUGGAUGAUACCGGAAACAAUGGUUAAAGGAAUGGGAGGAGCAAUGGAUCUUGUAUCUGCUGAAAAUACAAAAGUUGUUGUCACAAUGGAACAUAAAGCUCGUGAUGGAAGUCCAAAAAUUUUAGCCAACUGCACAUUACCAAUUACUGGUCAAGAAUGUGUGGAUUUAAUAAUUACCGAUUUGGCAGUUUUUGAAGUAAUUAAAGGAGAGGGUCUGAAACUUAUCGAAAAAGCACCGAAUGUUGACAUAAGUGAAAUCGUCAGUUCGACUGGCUGUGAAUUCUCCGUUUCUGACGAAUUAAAGGAUAUGAUUCAGGUUUCCCAAGAUGAGUCCUAAAUCAGUUUAUAAACUAUAUAACUGAACUGGACCAAUUUUUUUUUAUUUAGAUUAAUCAAAUAAAAGCGAAACUAAUAAAUAGGUGCAAUGAACAAUUUUUGUAUUAUAAAAUAAUGGUAUUUUUAAAGUUAUGACUGGAAAUUAUAGUUAUAAAACAAGUUACUAAAAAUAAUAAAGCUGAAUAUUUGGUAA